CUGACAAUGGUAAGGAUGGCAAAUGCUUCAGUUAUGUUCCUGGUUAUUUUAGCGGCUUUUUGUUUCCUUCAAGAAGGAACUGCAACAAGAGAAUGGUAUAAGGAGGAUUUUCCGAAUCCUACGAUAGAUGUGAAAGCUUGUGGUCGUAAUGGAAAGGUUUCCUGGAUCUGUGAUCCAGAGAAUAUUCUCAGUUACCAGGCUGCCAACAAGAUUGAAGAGCUGCUGUAUUCAGUUGUUAAAAAUACUGCUUCAGGGUGCAGCAACGAUGACAAGCCUGGAUUUCAAAUUGGCGUUGCAGUUUUAAACCGAAUGAGAGGCAUUCCUGGUGAAUAUAUUGAAGAAACAACGAAGACGUUUGCAAAACAUUUACAUGACAGCUGGGGAGUCGGCCACACAGGAUGUAAUGACGGAACAGUGUUACUGAUUUCUAUUUUAGAUCGUCAACUAUAUGUGUCCACAGGAAAAAGAGCCAUGGAAUUGUUAUCCGAUGACCAGAUUGAUAUUAUCAUUGAGGAAAUGAAGCCAUAUAUGAAAAAGAAACAUUACGAUCAAGGUGUGGAACACGCCGUUGUCCGGAUGGGUGAAGUUUUCAGCGGUAAAGUCCUCGAGCGUUCAGCGAACUAUGGUCUUAUCAUCUUCUGUGUGCUGUUGAUUAUUAUUGUUGGUGUUGGGCUGUAUAUUGGGCACAAGCAAGAACAAGAACAUAAAAGAUGCGAAGGAAAGCUGAAAAGAAUUCAAGACGAAAGAGACCGAGCAAGACAGUCUCAAAAAACUUAUGAAAGCAAAUCAUGUCCCAUUUGCUUGGAGGAAUUUCAGCCGGAAACGAAAACAAGACUGUUGGCUUGUGGUCACAAGUACUGUGAGCCUUGCUUGACCAAGUGGCUUGAAGACCAUGCAACCUGUCCAAUCUGCCGCCAAUCAGCUGACAGACGUGAAAAUGAAGGUGGUGCCUGUGGUACCUAUGACUUCCUCCCUGAUCUUCAGUUCCGACUGAUGAUGCUACAGCUGCAGCACCCAUCCUUUGUUACACGCACCAUGGUGGACAGAUGGGGCAGUGGCAGCUACACAGGGAGCUUUACCUCAGAUCCCGUUUUUGUCAGGUCAUCUAUGGUUGGGGGAGGUAGCUUUGGCAGUGGUGCGGGGUUUGGCGGGGGUGGAAGUAAUGGAGGUGGUGGAAGAGGAGGCAGCUGGUAGCAUGGGCAAAGCUGUAUCUGGUCAAACCUAAUGGAUAUUUAAUGAAGACAUUCAAAAGCAAAGAACAUAUAGAGGUGACCCCAGUUUUAAAUCCCAGUGUUUUUGUAGAGGGUCUCUGUACCUUUUCGUUUGUCAUCUUUACUACAUGAGUAAAUUUUAUUAACACAAUGUCAUAAGGUUUGCAAGUGAUGAUGAUAAUGACACUGAUGUCAGUUUCUAGGCAAGUGGAACUCAGAAUAAGUUUGCAUGGACAAUUUUUCAGUGCUCUGCAAUGUAUAUGUAAAGCAUGACUCAAAUAUGAGCUGUCCAAUAAGUUAAGUUUGUGUCUUAUGCAAGUGUCAGGGUUUGGGCUGGUUUAAGAUAACCCAGGGUUAGUGUGACUUAUGAUUUCAGAAAAGAAAAUCUGUUAAAAAAUAUUUUUUCCACAAUUUGAUUAUUGGAUGCUCUUAAAAGAAUAGAGAAAAUUUUCUUAAAAAAGGCUUAAGAACAAAGGAAUGAAGAAACCUGGAUUAAAAUCUUAUCCGGGGUUAGUGCUUACUGGUCUUUGAGCAACUGGCCCUGGUGUCAAAAAUGGGUCAGGAUUGGCUUUGUGCUCUUAGUGUGUAAGGGGACUACUUUGGUAAACUAAAAGGAAUGUUAUGUUUAAUUUUGUGUUAUCUUUCAUUCCCAUAAGAACCACAAACAGAUCUGAGCUGUAAUAUUAUAUGCAGUCUUCAGAAACAAUUUUAUUGGCCAUAAAUAAAUAGUGUUCAACCAUCACACAGAAUUAUAUUGAGUGGGAAAUAUAGAUGCCCAUUGUCAUUAGACUCGGAAAUCCUUUGGUUUGAAUUUUCUAAGUCUGUUCAUUCCAUGUUGUGCUGGAUGUUUGAACUUAUGAAAAUCGCAAGUUGAUAAUUUCUUAUGACAAGAACUUUUGAUUUAUCAAUGAAACAAUUUUUCAGGUUUUGAAAUGUAAAAAUAGCAUCUAUAUCAAAUGAAAAUACUGUGCGAAGGUUGUUGUGGCCUUUGUUUAGAUGCUGAAUGUUGUUUUUGAAGUUGACAAGAUGGAUGCAAUCAACAGAUUCAAGACCUGAGAAAAAUAAUUGCUCUUAGCAGAUGUUCAGCUCAAACUGUGUCUUAUACGUAUUAAACCGUUUGGUUUCCCCAUGA